AUCGUACUACUUUGAGUAACAACCCACUUCAUUUAUAUCCAUUUUUCUGUCGAUUGAAUUUAGAUAUAGAUAUGAAAAACAACAACAUCGUUUUUAAUGGCUAUUACACUACGAAUCUGAUCCAUGCAUACAUAGAGAUAGAGUGAUAGAAAGUUGAAUCGGUUAUUGUUACUGUUUGAUUCUGAAAUUGAUGACAAACACCCAUUUCACUUUGAACCCCAAAACAAAGACAAGACGAACAGGACAAGGGUAAUCAAAUCAAAUCACCCUCUUCUGCUUCUCAGGACUUGUUUUCUUUUUUCUUUUUUUCUCAAAUAAACUAGAUAUUCUUUCUUUCUUUUUUUUAAAAAUGGAGGUUUUGGUGGGUCCCACUUUCACCAUCGACGUUCCUUCAUCUCCGCUACCGUCCGGUCACACCGACGCCCACCUCUUCUUCAACGAAGUCAGUCGAGAGGAACUUCCGGCGACUUUUCGGAUCUCGAGACCAGCAAAGUUUUUCGCCGGCGGUUCGCCGGAGCCGGAGAGUUCGUCGUCGAUCGGAACCCCUGAUGAUGAAAGCGACAACGGUGAAGAGAUUCAAAGCGAGUUUAAGGGAAGAAAUGGGUUGGGUUCUUUGGAUUCUUUGGAAGACUCUCUUCCCAUCAAGAGGGGAUUAUCGAGUCAUUUUGAAGGAAAAUCAAAAUCAUUCACAGAUCUAUCUCAAGUGAACACUUUGAAGGAAUUACAGAAACAAGAGUCUCCUUUCAACAAAAGAAGAAGGGUUCUAAUUGCAUCAAAAUUUACAAGAAAAUCAGCUUUCUAUUCUUGGUCUAAUCCUAAAUCCAUGCCUCUUUUGCCAUUGAAUGAGGAUCACGAUGACGGCGACGAUGAUUAUUAUGAUUAUAACGAUGAAGAAGAAAAGGUUAGAAAAGUACCAUCUGCUUCAUCGUCUUCUUCUUCCUCUUCAUUGGCUGAGGAUAAGAAACAAGAAGAUGAUCAAGUGGAGUUUCGUCAAUCCUAUGCUGCUGAAAUGAGGCUUAGAUUGAGAAGUUUCAAGUCAAGGAGUUUUUCUCUUGCAGAUCUGCAAGAACAUGAUGAUGAGGAAGAUCAUGAUCGUUAAUUAAUAAUUAACAUUAACAUAGACUUUUUCUUUUAUUCUUUUUUUUUUUUUUGUUAAAUAAAUUUUUUAGUAUUCACUACUAAGUUACUACUACUGAAUAUUGAAUAACUUGUAUCUUUCUAUGUUUUAUUUUUCGGAUAAGAAUUUAAAUGAAUUUUCUUAAGAAUACACCAUGCAUAUCAUGUGGGUCUACCAAAGUAAUGAAAGCUUCUGCCUUUUUUGUUUC